CGGGUCCCGCGAGAUCAGGCGCGAAACGGGGGAGCGCGCUCAGAGGAUGCAGUUGGGGGGGCGGGGGAAGAAAGCCAGUAGACAGGGGGACCCGAACGCCUCUAGGGAUGCGACCGUCGUCCUGGCGGCCCAGGCGGGUCCCCGCCCCAAGACCUUCGAAGAUGUCGCGGGACGCCGGCAGCGGAGAGCACCCCGUUCCAAGACAGCCCCAUCCCGGAGGGGUGCCGGGCCAAGUUUGCUUUCUGUGCUAUGGGAGAUGUCAAAGAAUUAAUGCAAAUAACACCAGAAACUCCAGGAAGAAUCCCCAUUUUAAAUCCUUUUGAAAGUCCUAGUGAUUAUUCUAAUCUACAUGAACAAACCCUUGCCAGUCCUUCUGUUUUUAAAUCCACAAAAUUACCAACUCCAGGGGAAUUUAGGUGGUCUAUUGAUCAACUAGCUGUAAUAAAUCCUGUAGAAAUAGACCCAGAAGAGAUUCAUCGUCAAGCGUCAUACUUAAGUCAUUCUCGAAUAGAUAAAGAUGUGGAAGACAAAAGACAAAAAGCCAUUGAAGAGUUUUUCACUAAAGAUGUCAUCGUCCCAUCUCCUUGGACUGACCAUGACGGGAAACAACUUUCAGACUAUCAUUGCGGUAAAUGUAUUAACAUAAAUAGUGACUCUCCCGCUGGAAAAAAGCUGAGCCCUCAUAUUGAGAAAUGCAACACUGCUUGUCAGACAUUGCUGUCUCUUCCUGUGGAUUUUAAUUUAGAAAAUUUAUUAGGUGACUACUUCAGAACUGAUGAAUUUGUCGAUCAGUCUCCUGGAAACCUCAGUUCUUCAUCUCUCAGAAGAAAGCUUUUUUUAGAUGGCAACGGGAGCAUCUCUGACUCCUUGCCUUCGGCUUCUCCCAGGAGUCCUCAGAGCAGUGCUCAAGCAUCACUUGAGGUGUUUUAUGCAGUAGAUGUAUCUCCUGUGCAGUGCAGGAGCCCCGUGCAGACACCUAGCUCAGGGCAAUUUUCUUCUAGCCCUAUUCGGGGAAGUUCAAAGAGGUACAGUUUGGGAAGUGUAACAAGUCCUUCGGCCAUCUCUUCACCCACUUUUUCCCCAGUGACACUCCAAGUAGGAAAAACACCACUCUCAGAACAAAGGAAGUUUCCUUUUCACUCUCCUGAUGUUUCAUCUGGAAAAAAUUCUAAUGGAAUCACUAACCCGUGUAUUAGGAGUCCCUUCAUAGACGGCUGCUCACCAAUCAGAAAUUGUUCUCCGGUGAGACUGGAGAUGUGUGGAAGUACUCAGCAUCAGAGCUCGCUCAUUCACUUGCCCUUUGACCUGGAGACUCACAGCAAAGAGCAAGCGGAAGAUGAUAAAGAGAACAUCCCUUCCAUCCUCUCAUCACCAGUCACAGAGACCGGGAGAGGAUGGCCAUGGUCACUGAAGAGUGAUACCUCUGCAGGAAGCCCACGUGUACUCUCGAUGGCCAUGUCCAUGACGCAGAGCCAGUCCAGUGCUUCUGAGAGGGAGCUGGCACUGCUGGAGGACAUUGAGAGUGUGAGGGAGAAUGACACUGUGGACAUGGCCGAUCCCAUAGAGACAGUGGACGAGAGCACUUGGAUUAAGGAGUCGGGUGAUAAUGAGAAUUCACCCAUGACUGAUUUCAUGAGUGGAAUUGCCUUCAGUAUCGAAAGCUCUCACAUGUGCAUGUCGCCUCUUGCGGAGAGCAGUGUGCUUCCUUGUGAAGGCAGUAACAUUCAGAUGGAUAGUGGGUAUAAUACACAGACGUGUGGAAGCAAUAUUAUGGACACAGUUGGGGCAGAAAGUUACUGCAAAGAAAAUGAUGAACAAACCUGUGAAGUGGAAAUCAAGUCUAAAGUUUGCAUUUCAAAGUCAGGCCACACAGCAGAGAGAUGCUGGAUGAAAACAGCAAGUUCAACUCAGUAUAGCAGUCCGUAGAUCCCUUUAUCAGGACAAGAGACUAUGCUAAACUGCUUCUCCUUUGUUUUCAUGCACAAGAUCAAUAUGUGAUUGAUGGUGAUUGAGGAGAAAAAGCUGCCAUAAGAAACAUACUUCAUUUUUCUUUCUCUCAAUGUGAAAAAUCAAGAUCUUAAUUUAGUGACAUAGGAACAGAAAAACUCCAAGUUGUUGAAUUGCAACUUUAUUUUUUACCAAUAAAUAUUUUUACUUAACCUUGAUUGAUUUGUUUAACCAAAAAAAGAAAAAAAGGACACUAGGUAGUAACAGGCUUCUAUCCUACAGAACCAGUGAACUUCGCCUUAUCGACAGUACUGAAUUUAGCAGUAGUUCCAAGAACAAGAAAAGAUGUAUCUGAAGACACUACGUAUUUUACAUUAAAAACUUCUGGACACAGAUGAAUUAGUAAUGACUUCUGUGAAGGAAAUCUUACUAAGAUAUAAAACUUACAAGACAGGAAAUUGUAUGGGUCUUCGGAAAAAUUUGAAUUCCAUCUCUUCGUUUCUGUAGGAAAUUUUAGUCUCAGUGUUAACUGUAAUUAGUACUUUGGAAAGUGUAAAUACUAGAAAGGUAAUACUAACAGGAACCAAAAGCUCUGGGAUAAACGUGGGAGGCCAGAAUCAAGUACGCCGCCAUUCCCCAAGCAGGAGCCUCCUCUGCAGUCCACACGUGGCUACAGAGGAACGGAAUGCAGGAGAAGCAGAACCUCUGCAACAGAACAGUGGAAUUCCUGUUGGGCUUAGAAUUAUGAAGUAACAGUUAUACAGCUGGGCAAGUACAUACGUAAAAUGCCAAUUAUUUUUUCUGAAGUAACAUAUAUUAGCAAUAGAUCUAGGUUUACAACAUGUUUGAAAAUACCUGAGAUUGUAUUUUGGAAUUUAGUGACUAUCUUUAAGAAAAUUUGUUAAAAAGAAAAUACAAAAAAAAGCAGCCCUAAGUAAUAAAAUAUAUUACCGUGUCAUUUUCUUGUAGUCUCUAUUACUCCAUAUCUGGUAAGCUUAUUACUAAACUACAAACAAAGGUUCAUUCCCCUUACCAACAUGAAAGCUAUUAGCCAUUUUGUCCACUGUUGAAGAUGCUGAAUUGAGUAGAUGUGUACUUAAUCUUUACUUAAACUACUAUCCUUGUCCUAAGUGUAGGAGCAUCCCUGGUUACCAUGUUUUAAUAGCACUAAGUCAAUAAACAAGGCCAGGCACCAGUGGUUGACAUCUUUCAUCUCUGCUACUAGGGCAAUCAGGAAGAUGACAGUUUGGGGCCAGCCUGGGCAGUUUACCAGACCAAUCAUUGGGAACAAAUGGUGCAUUUCACCAACUCAAACUAAGUAGGAGGCUGAAAUCGGGAGGAAUGCAAUUCCAGGCUAGCCUGGACACCGCCCCCUCAAAAAAAA